AUGCCUCCAAUUUAUUACCUCUCGCUCUUCUCAUUUUUACCGUGUCUUAACACACACACCGCCUCUAUUCCUCAUCUCUCGCCCUUUCCAUUUUUACCACGCCUCCAAUUUAUUACCUCUCGCUCGUCCCAUUUUUACCGUGCCUUAACACACACACCGCCACUAUUCCUCACCUCUCGCCAUUUCCAUUUUUACCAUGCCUCCAAUUUAUUACCUCUCGCUCGUCCCAUUUUUUACUGUGCCUUAACACACACACCGCGUCUAUUCCUCACCUCUCGCCCUUUCCAUUUUUACCACGCCUCCAAUUUAUUACCUCUCGCUCUUCUCAUUUGUUACCGUGCCUUAACACACACACCGCGUCUAUUCCUCACCUCUCGCCCUUUCCAUUUUUACCACGCCUCAAUUUAUUACCUCUCGCUCGUCCCAUUUUUUUUUUACUGUGCCUUAACACACACCGCCACUAUUCCUCACCUCUCGCCCUUUCCAUUUUUACCACGCCUCCAAUUUAUUACCUCUCGCUCGCCCAUUUUUUACCGUGCCUUAACACACACACCGCGUCUAUUCCUCACCUCUCGCCCUUUCCAUUUUUUACGCCUCCAAUUUAUUACUCGCUCUUCUCAUUUUUUACGCCUCCACACACGUCUAUUCCUCACCUCUCGCCCUUUCCAUUUUUACCACGCCUUUUUUACCUCUCGUCGUCCCAUUUUUUACCGUGCCUUACACACCACCGCCUCUAUUCCUCACCUCUCGCCCUUUCCAUUUUUACCACGCCUCCAAUUUAUUACCUCUCGCUCGUCCCAUUUUUUACCGUGCCUUAACACACACACGCCUCUAUUCCUCACCUCUCGCCCUUUCCAUUUUUUUACCAUGCCUCCAAUUUAUUACCUCUCGCUCGUCCCAUUUUUUUACUGUGCCUUAACACACACACCGCGUCUAUUCCUCGCCUCUCGCCCUUUCCAUUUUUACCACGCCUCCAAUUUAUUACCUCUUGCUCGUCCCAUUUUUUACUGUGCCUUAACACACACCGCCACUAUUCCUCACCUCUCGCCCUUUCCAUUUUUACCACGCCUCCAAUUUAUUAGCUCUCGCUCGUCCCAUUUUUUACCGUGCCUUAACACACACACCGCCACUAUUCCUCACCUCUCGCCCUUUCCAUUUUUACCACGCCUCCAAUUUAUUACCUCUCGCUCGUCCCAUUUUUUACUGUGCCUUAACACACACCGCCACUAUUCCUCACCUCUCGCCCUUUCCAUUUUUACCACGCCUCCAAUUUAUUACCUCUCGCUCGUCCCAUUUUUUACCGUGCCUUAA